AUGGUGGAUGUGGAGGAGGUCGGGAGCAAGAUGCAAUCGCAGAUGCGCCUACACGCCGAGCCAGAGGACGACACUGCCGACCUCCCCCUGCCAGUCCUCUUUGACAGGGUGUCGCGGCUCCACGCCCUGGCCUCCAGCUCCGCCCUCGACCAGGACGGGAUCCGCACGGGGGUUGAUCUGCUGCGGUGCUGCGACGAGAUGGUUAGCAAGCUCGGCCUCUUCUCCGGCAACGAGACCAAGGAAGACGUCUCCACCGCAAACCUCAAGUAUCUACUGCUCACAACGUAA